AUGCCUGGUGGACAUCAACAACAGAUAUUAGAAAAUUCUUCACUGCUCAGCGAUUUUGAUAUUCACUCCCAACAGCAACAACAACAACAAAUGAAUUCGACCUCAGGUCUUUGGCCUCCUCCACCUCAAACAUCAAGUAUUGACUCAGCUGCAGCUUCAGCUGGUAGUGAUCAAUGGGAAUUGAAGUGUGCAAAAGUAUAG